AUGGCCACGGGGCAGGGGAGGGGGCGGCCCGGCCCGGCCCGGGCCCCCGGCCCCCAGCGGCCCCCGGCGGGGGUCCCGGCCCCGGGCAGCGGUGCUGAGGGCCCUCCCUCGGCCAGGACGAGGAGCAAGAGGGAGAGGGGGCCCCGCGGGCCCCGCAGCGGCGCUGGCAGCUCUGGGGGGCAGACCCCCCCCCGCGGCCCCGAGGCCUCCGGGGGCAGCGGGCACCCCCCGAGGGCCGGAGGGCGGGAGGAGCCGGCCUCCCGGCGCCCGGCCCGCCGGCACCGGCCCGCCCCGCGUCCCGACGCCGCUCAGGAGACGUACGGGCCGCUGCUCAGCCGCGUCUUCGGGAAGGACCGCGCGCUGGGCCCCGAGGAGCUGGACGAGCUGCACGCCGCCUUCCAGGAGUUCGACCGGGACCGGGACGGCCUCCUGGGCCACCGGGAGCUGGGCGCCUGCAUGCGGACGCUGGGCUACAUGCCCACCGAGAGGGAGCUGCUGGAGGUCUCGCAGCUCGUCAGGAUGCGGAUGGGCGGCCGCGUGGACUUCGAGGAGUUUGUGGAGCUGAUGGGCCCGAAGCUGCGGGAGGAGACGGCCCACAUGCUGGGCGUGCGGGAGCUGCGCAUCGCCUUCCGAGAGUUCGACAGGGACGGGGACGGACGGAUCACGGUGGCAGAGCUGCGGCAGGCAGCACCCGCUCUGCUGGGGGAGCCGCUGGCGGAUCCGGAGCUGGAGGAGAUGCUCCGCAACGUGGACCUCAACGGGGACGGCACGGUAGACUUCGAUGAGUUUGUGAUGAUGCUGUUCCCCCGCUGA